AUGCCGAGCACCUCGGACGCGGCGGCCGGCGGGAGCGGGGGCAGCCGGGGCUGGGGCAGCGGCGGUGGCAGCAGCGCGGCGGUGGAGGCGGCGGCCGACAAGAAGCGGCUGCACCACCGGAGACGGAAGCGCUUCGCGGCCCAGCCGCAGCCGCCGCCGCCGGCCCCGCACCCGCUGCUGUUCCCGCUCCUGCAGCCCCCGCUCCUGCAGCCCCCGCUGCUGCAGCCGCCGCUGCCGCCACAGUCCCUGCUCUUCCUGGCGGCCACCGGCGCCUCCUCCUGUUGCGGGGACGGCGGGGAGCGGAAGCGACCGCGAGGCAAGCGGCGCUCGGGCUCCCGGCACAAGCGGCGGCGGGGCCGCGGCGGCGGCGGCGGGGGCACCCAGGAGGCGGAGAAGCGGCGCGGUAGCGGCGGGUUGAGCACGCUGGUGGAGGAAUACGACGACGUGAGUUCCCAGUCGGAGGGACUGUUGGGCAGCGGCGCGGCCGGCGGGGGCAGCGGCGGGGGCAGCCCGGGCUCCUCCUCGGGCGGUGGGACCCAGCGGCAGCGGGGCGAGGCGGAGCGGAGCGGCCGGUCCCGUCAGGAGCACCGCGGCAGCAGCGGGCGCUCCAAGGAGCGGCACCGAGAGCAUCGCCGGCGGGGAGAGGAAAAGGCGCAGCAGGAGGGGACGGCGGCACCGGGCCGCGGGGCAUCCGAGCCCUCCUCGUCCUCCAAAUCCCGCAGCCGCCACAACCACACUGGGAGCCAAGACCGGGAGGGACUCAAGAGCAGCAGCAGCAGCGGCGGUGGCAGCGACGGCCGCAGGAAGGGCUCCCUCGCCUCGCCCAGCAGCGGCAGGAAAGACCGAGAGAGCAAAUCGCACCGGAGCCGGACUAAAGCGGCUAAGGAGCCGCCGUCGGCAUACAAGGACCCUCCGAAAGCUUACCGGGACGACAAGCCCGAGCCCAAGGCGUACCGGCGGCAGCGCUCCUCACCCAGCCCCGGCCGGGAUGACAGCCCUCCUCUGCACCGCUCCUCGCAGAGCCAGCGCAGCCGCAAGUCGCUCAGCCCGGUGGGCGCCCGCUCGCCACUCAGCCCCUACAGCCGACGCCGAUCCCCCAGCUACAGCCGGCACAGUUCGUACGAGCGCGGCGGGGAUGUGUCGCCCAGCCCCUACAGCAGCUGGCGCCGGUCGAGGAGCCCCUACAGCCCCGUUAUCCGGAGAUCAGCAAAAUCUCGAAGCAGAAGUCCAUAUUCAUCAAGGCACUCCAGGUCUCGUAGCAGACACAGAUUAUCUAGAUCCAGAAGUCGUCAUUCAAGUAUUUCUCCUAGUACAUUGACUCUUAAGAGUAGCCUAGCUGCUGAGCUGAACAAAAACAAAAAAGCAAGAGCUGCUGAGGCAGCCAAAGCCAGUGCAAAAGCUUCCAAUACUUCAACACCUACUAAAGGAAACACUGACACUGCUGUAAGUGCACCUCAAGUGAACAAUGUUAAGGACCUGAAGAAAAUAAAAACAGAGCAUACACCCUCACCUACCAGCAGUGCAAAUCUGAAAAACGACAAGGCAAAAGCGAAAGUCUCGCUUCCUGAAACAAAAGCGGAAAAUAAUUUAACUGCAGACAAAAUUACUAAACAGAAGCCUGCAGCAGUAAAAGAGAGUAAAUUGCCUGUUGUGAAACAGCCACCAGUCCCUGUAAAAGAGAAAAGCAAAACAAGUACACCAAGUGUAGUAGCCAAGGAGAAGGAUCGAAUUGUUGCAUUACCAACCUCCACACUGCCACCCUUGCCUUUGCCUCCCACGCUGCCUGAAGAUAAAGAAACUGAUAGUUUGAGAGAGAAUGUUUCAGUGAAGACGGUUAAAGAAACGGAGAAGAAACUUCGUCAUCUGCUUGCAGACUUGCCACUUCCACCUGAGUUGCCUGGAGGAGCUGAGGUACCCAAAAGUCCUGAAGAAAAGAAACCAGCAGUUCAGUUACAUAGCAAGAGAAGACCAAAAAUAUGUGGACCACGACAUGGUGAAACGAAAGAAAAAGAAAUAGACUGGGGAAAGCGCUGUGUGGAUAAAUUUGAUAUCAUUGGUAUUAUUGGUGAAGGCACUUAUGGGCAAGUUUACAAAGCCAGAGAUAAAGAUACAGGGGAAAUGGUAGCACUGAAGAAAGUACGCCUGGAUAAUGAAAAGGAAGGGUUUCCAAUCACAGCUAUUCGAGAGAUUAAGAUUCUUAGACAGCUUAAUCAUCAAAGCAUUAUCAACAUGAAGGAAAUAGUGACGGAUAAGGAAGAUGCUUUGGACUUCAAGAAGGACAAAGGUGCAUUUUACCUGGUAUUUGAAUAUAUGGACCAUGACUUGAUGGGACUGCUGGAAUCUGGUUUGGUUCAUUUUAAUGAAAAUCAUAUUAAGUCUUUUAUGAGACAGCUGAUGGAGGGCUUGGCCUAUUGCCACAAGAAGAACUUUUUGCACAGAGAUAUCAAAUGUUCAAAUAUUCUACUAAAUAAUAGAGGGCAGAUAAAGCUUGCAGAUUUUGGGCUUGCUCGGCUGUACAACUCAGAAGAAAGCCGACCAUAUACCAACAAAGUUAUUACAUUAUGGUAUCGGCCUCCUGAACUUCUUCUUGGGGAAGAAAGAUACACACCAGCUAUUGAUGUCUGGAGCUGUGGCUGUAUCCUGGGUGAACUUUUUACAAAAAAGCCAAUAUUUCAAGCCAAUCAAGAACUUGCUCAACUGGAACUCAUAAGCCGAAUUUGUGGAAGUCCUUGUCCAGCAGUAUGGCCUGAUGUUAUAAAAUUAGCUUAUUUCAACACUAUGAAACCAAAGAAGCAGUAUCGUCGAAAACUGAGAGAAGAGUUUGCUUUCAUCCCACCAGCUGCAUUAGAUUUAUUUGAUUAUAUGCUUGCCCUGGAUCCCAGCAAGCGCUGCACAGCUGAACAAGCUCUUCAGUGUGAGUUUCUGCGAGAUGUGGAACCAUCUAAAAUGCCUCCUCCAGACCUUCCUUUGUGGCAGGAUUGCCAUGAGCUGUGGAGUAAGAAACGCAGAAGACAGAAGCAGAUGGGCAUGACUGAUGACUCUACAGCAGCUAAAGUCCCUAGGAAGGAUCUGUCCCUAGGCAUGGAUGAGAGCAGAACCAACACCCCACAAGGCAUGCAAACUUCUUCCCAACUCAAAACUCAGGGCAGCUCUAGUGUAGCACUUGCAAAAACAAGCACUGGACAGCAGUUAAACCAGAAUGAAGUGGCAAUCCUGCUAAACCUGCUACAGUCUAAAACAAGUGUUAGUUUGGCACAGUUUGCCCAAGUAUUGAAUAUUAAGGUAAACCCAGAGACUCAGCAGCAACUAAAUAAAAUAAAUCUUCCUGCUGGAAUUUUGUCAGCAGGUGAAAAACAGUCAGAACAGCAGCAGCAGCAGCCACCGCCUCCUCCACCACCACCUCCAGAGCAGGAGCCUCUAAAACAGCCGAUGGUCACGCAGCCCCCUGUGCCACCUGCUCAGCUGGGUCAGCCUAAGGCUGAGACUGAUGCUGCCCAGGCAGCUGUGCAGAGUGCAUUUGCUGUUCUGUUGUCUCAGUUAAUAAAGGCUCAGCAAACAAAACAGAAAGAUUUUGCGUUGGAGGACAAGGAAAAUGGAUCAGGAAAUGAAAUGUCAUUACAACUCAGGCAGCCUCCAGAGCUCGCAACUCCUGUGUCUGUCAGCCGAGAUGACGUGGAAUCUCCAGCACCUGGCUACCCACAUCUGAUCAAGUCAUUAUACAUGUCUGCAGGUCAAGAAGAUUUGGUUAGGCAGUCUGAGAUGAGACUUCUGAACCGAACACCUGAACAGGAGCGCCCUCGGAUCUUGCCUCCGGACCAGCGUCCCCCCGAGCCACCGGAGCCUCCGCCGCUCACUGAUGAAGACCUUGAUUAUCGGACAGAGAAUCAGCAUUUGCCUAUAAGUAACUCUUCAGGAACAGAUCCUCAUGCAGGAGUGAAAGCAGCUCUUCUGCAGCUGCUGGCUCAGCAUCAAGCUCAGGCGACAACGGAGGAGCCAGUACAAACGAGUGUGGAUUAUCAGGCUAGAGACUCCUAUGUAACAGGCCCAGACUACAAGGAUAACUUUGGAUCAUCGUCCUUCUCAUCUGCCUGUUACAGCACUAGCGAUGGAAUAGGAAGCGGAUCAUCAGGAGUAUUAGAAAGGAGGAGUUUCCUUGGAAACUCAGAUAUUCAGUCUUUGGAUAACUACAGUACUGCUUCAUCUCACUCUGGUGCUGCCCCUCCUCCAUCAGCCUUUCCAGAAUCCUUUCCUAGCUCAGUAACUGGUUAUGGAGACAUUUACCUCAACGCUGGCCCCAUGCUGUUCAGUGGAGAUAAAGACCAUAGGUUUGAAUACAGCCAUGGCCCAAUCCCGGUUUUGGGGAGCGGCAGUGAUGCUUCCACAGGGCCAGAGAGUGCUCACUCUUUGCCCACAAAGAUUCACAACUAUAGCUAUGGAAGUAAUUUACAGGAAAAUCCCACUGGCAUCAGCCACAUGCAUGGACAGACUUGGACUUCUCCUGCCCAAGGACCUGGCUAUUCCCAGGGAUACAGGGGACACAUUAGCACAUCUGCAGUAAGAGGGCGAGGCAGAGGAUUACCAUAUUGAGUAUCUGUUUUUCCUCAGGCACAUCAUUUUUAUCUGGAAAAACAUUUUUUUUCCCCCUAGCUGCAAUUUAAAGCAGCAAUUCAACAGACUUGAAUAAUGUUAAUUCAACAGCUUUAUUUUUAUGUGGAAAAGGGUCUUGCAUACAGUAGGAAAAAUUUAAAAAUGCUUACAACUCAUGCUGUCUAAAAACUAGAUGACUUGAUUGUACAUGUUCACAAACUCUAGUUCUGACUUUUAUUUUGUAUUUUGGCAGUUUUAAGUGGAUGCUAAAUUUAGGGACAUCAGCUUUUUAUGGCACUCUUUCAGAUCUUCUGAACUAUGCACAUUUGUGCUUUUUUUGUAAGUUUGGACCAACUUUUAUGUAAAAAAAAAUGAAAUUUUACAACAAUCAAAGCAGGGCACUGAUUUAUUUGGUAUUUUUCUUUUUACAGAACUACCUUUAGUCAAAGGUCACUGUCAGUCUUUGCACUGCUUUCAGUGUUAUUGUGGAAGGUGUAUUUCGUGCUCAUUUCAGAUAAUAAAACACAACCUUUCUCUUGAUGCAAAA